AUGUCGAAUGCGAAGGAAAAGCAAUUGGGGUUACAUAAAGUGAUCAUGGUCGGCAGUGGUGGGGUUGGAAAGUCUGCACUUACCCUGCAGUUCAUGUAUGAUGAGGUGAGUGUUAGGAGCGCUUAAACUCUUCUGUCCUCUGAAGCAGGUAACCCACAACGUAGGGGUUUUCUGUCUAUUUUACAGUGAGCGGUUUAUGUAUGCUCUGCCAGUGGAUGACAUUUUAAAUCAAACUUAUAAUUCUCUGAUUUUGAGAGAGUUGAACUGUAUACUUUCUCGCAUGCCCAUCAAGCUAGUGGAUAAUUGAAAUCUAUUUUGCUAUAAUUUAUUUUAGUUUGUUGAAGAUUACGAGCCCACCAAAGCCGACAGUUAUAGGAAAAAAGUUGUUUUAGACGGAGAAGAGUGUCAAAUAGACAUUUUAGACACAGCAGGACAGGAAGAUUAUGCUGCUAUACGUGAUAAUUAUUUUCGGAGCGGGGAAGGAUUUCUUUGCGUGUUCUCGAUCACUGAACCAGAGUCAUUUGAAGCGACAUCGGAAUUUAGAGAGCAGAUUCUUCGCGUGAAGGGAGACGACGAACAUAUACCUUUCUUGCUGGUUGGAAACAAGGCUGAUUUAGAAGAUAAACGGCAAGUAACAGCCGACGAAGCUCAGUCGAAGGCGAAGGAGUGGAACGUAGCUUUUGUUGAAACGUCAGCUAAAACAAAAGCGAACGUUGACAAAGUAUUCUUUGAUCUUAUGAGGGAAAUUAAAUCGCGGAAAGAGGACGGCUUGAAACCAGUGAAGGACAAUAAAAGAAAAAAGAAAAAGAAGUGUGUAAUUUUGUAA